GUCCUUUAGCUAAAGAGAGAGAGCACAAAGUAGAAGUUGCCACGAACGACUAUUGUAGUGCCCUGAUUGUCCUCCGAUUCGAGCCCUAACUUUCGAUGUUCUUGGUCUCGUUAAAGAGUUAUGGAAGCUCGCGGUACAAAAGGGAGAGUUCCUAGAGUGGUUGAGAGAUGGGGAGAGCCAAACUCCUCCGGUUGUGUGCUUGCGGCUUCGAUCAGUGAUCGUACCCUUAAACAGAUUGAGGUGCUUAGUCCUAUUAACGGUGAUCUUCGUGUUUCAAUUUCCAACGCUGGAACUGCCGACAGUAGGCCUAGAGAUGAUGGUAUCAUUGGAUUGCAGUUGUUCAGGAAACAGAAAUCGGAGUUGUCAUCCAGGUCAUGCACCUUGCUUACAUGUACAACAAAAGGACUCGCAAGUGUGAGGUCCAUUGACAUUCACAAAUCAUCAGCGGAUUCAACCACUAAUGGUUCUUCAACAAUCUGGGAUGUAUAUGCCUCCGGUGAUAUUCAAUGUAUGAAAGUGGAUGGAAAUGAAAAGGGGAAACUAUUAGGAUCCUUUUUGGGGCAAUGUUCUGGAAGUAUAAGAUCCAUAUCCAGGCAUCCGGAGCACCCAGUGAUAGCCUCAUGCGGGUGGGUCUCUGGUGCUUGUAUUGUGUUAGAGUUUGGGCGAGUUACUAUGGCCUGACCAAUCAAAGUAGGAAUUUAACAACGCAUGUGUGUUCGUCAGGAGUAGAGGUUGUUUGUGCUGAGCGGGGAUCAGUCUACUUCAUUCUUCCGAUGCUACAUAGGAGUUCCUUUAUGAUUCAGUUUCCUGAUUUAGACAGUUAUUGUUGCCAUUUGUUUAGUUUGGAUUUUCUAGGGGUCCACACAGUAUGGAUUCCCGAGUUGUAUUUUGGAGGAUCAGUUGUAUCAGAAGAGUUUAUUAAUUAAUGGAAAUAUAUUAUGAGGUUUAUUAUUAGAUUA